AUGACCGAGUUAGACUUCAAAACGGACUCGAAGGACAAUGGAGAAGAUUCCCUUCGUUGUGACUUAUGUGAGACAGAAAAAGGACAGCUGUUUUGUGUUUUUUGCCAAGUCAAUCUUUGUACACGGUGUAUAGGAGCCCACAUGUUGGAUGACCCUUUGAAGCAUAAGAUCGUACUAAUCAGUCAACGCAGAUCGGUUCCAUCUUUUCCAAAAUGCGAAAUACACGAAAACACGUGUUGUGAGUUUCAUUGCAAUGAAUGUGAGAUCUAUAUAUGUUCACUUUGUAUUUCGUCUGAAAUUCACAAAGGGCACGUGUUCUCCAGUCUUCAUGAAAUAUAUUCCGCACGAAGGCAGAAGAUACAAGAAGAUGUUGAUAAAAUCGAAAAUGAAUUUUCUCCGGCAUAUGAAGCUAUUAUUGCUGAUUUGGAAGCUGGAGUCAACAAUGCAGAUGGUGGGUUCUUGAAAUUGACUGAAGCAAUUUCAAAACAUGGGGAAAACUGGCACAAAGUAUUAGACAUCAUAAUAGCAGACAUUAAACUUGAAGUUGAUCGUUUGAAAAAGGAACACGUCAAGAAACUCAAAGAACUCGUCACUGAAUUCAAGCAUGCCCAUUCUGAACUUCAGCAAAUAAAGCUCGAAUGCUCGGAAAUUCUUUGCUCUAGUGAUGUACCAUUAACCUUGAUCUACAGACCAGCAAAUGAAGACCUGAUGAAACCACCAAGAAGAGUUCAAGUGUCAAUGCCAAUAUUUAAACAAAAGGAAAUAGAUUGCACACAGCUUAGAAUCUUGUUUGGAUCCCUUUUACCAUUUCCCAUUACAAAACAGGAAGGGACUUUUAAUCGCAAAGCGACUGCAUCACCUCCAGGGGACAUAGAACUCUUCAAUCCUAGACUUAUCACUACGUUAGACACUGGGUUGGAAACCCUUUACAAAGUUACCUGUAAUUGUGAUGAAGAAAUCUGGGCAAGUGGAGAAGACAGUAAAAUAAAAUGUUUUGAGGGUCAAGGAUCAACGAUCAAUGAAAUUGAAACAACAUCAGAGGACUGGCCUUUUGACAUAGCAAUGACAAAUAAUGGCGAUUUAGUUUAUAUAGACGGCGCAAGGAAAACUAUUGAGUUGAUUAAGAAUGGAGAAAGAAAAAGAUUGGUCACGCUACUGGAAUGGAAUCCUGUUGCUAUUUGCGUCACUUCCUGUGACGAACUCUUAGCUACCAUGUUCAGUGACGAUAAAACACAGUCCAAAGUUGUCCGAUACUCUGGCUCGAUCCAAAAACAAACAAUCAUGUUUGACAACGAGGGAGAACAUCUACUUUCAGGAAAUGAUAAAAUUAAAUACAUAUCAGAAAACGGGAACUUGGAUAUCUGUGUUGCAGACUUCGAAGUUUCUGCAGUUGUGGUAGUCAAAGAGUCGGGGGAGUUUCGGUUUAGAUACAAAGGUUACCUAUUCGCUGCCAAGGAAAGCCCUUUCAAACCCUGUGGUAUCGCAACAGAUAGUGAAAACCAAAUCCUAACAGCAGACUGUGCGAACCACUGCAUCCAUAUCUUAGACCAGGAUGGACAGUUCUUACAAUACAUAGAAGGAUGUGAUUUGGAUCGGCCAUGUGGUUUAUGUAUCGACAAGAAUGACAACUUGCUUGUGGCUGACAUGAAUGGUAAACUGAAGAAAAUCAAGUAUAAAGAUUAG